UAGUGUUGAUUUAUCCGUGGAGGAGAGAAUGGAAGUAGACUGUAAUCAAGGCGAGUCAACAACGAUAGCUCCGUUUGAAGAAGACUGCGUCGAGCUGGGAGACGUGAAGGACAUGAGGCUGGAGGCUGAAGCCGUGGUCAACGACGUGCUCUUUGCCGUUGCUGAGAUGUUCGUUUCCCAGAAGCUGGAUAACGCCUUGGACGUGGCAUACAUAAACGUGGAGACAAGAGAAGGAAACCGCUAUUGCUUAGAGCUUACCGAAGCGGGACUACGGGUUGUCGGCCACGCUUUUGACCAAGUAGACGACAGUUUGAGCACACAGUAUCAUGAGACAGUUUACUCUCUACUCGACUCCCUCAGCCCCGGUUACAGAGAGGCUUUCGGGAAUGCCCUACUCCAGCGCCUGGAGAGGUUGAAACAAAACGGACAGUAGAACGAGCGUAUGGCACAGACGAAAACAAUCAGUGAAGCUAAGGGUGUUGUUGAAAUGGGUCCUAGCUGAUCAUUUUCCAUGUGUAGCUUAAGAGGACUUUCCUGAAGGAUAUGAAAGAUAUCAUACGGCUAAAUUAUUCUUGCACUGCACUCUUAAAUAUAGUAGGGAUGUCAACUUCUAAACUUUAGAAAAAGUUUAAUUCAAAGCCUGAAUACUAUUAGCCUACAUUCCUAAGUAGAAAUGCACAUUUCUUUCUUUCAGAAAAUGUAAAACUAUUUUAGUGCGGCAAAAGACAUUUUAGUCUAGUUCUUUAAGCGUUCAGAAAAUCUUACAUGUACUUCAUGAGAGAACUAACAUGGCCCCAUGAACAACAACCCUGCUUUACUUAUUGUCAGCUGAUUGUAGAUUGCACUAAACACUUGUUUUAAUGUGUUAAAAUGUCUUGUGCUCUCUGCUUAAGUGCUUAGCAUCUAUCUAGGUCACCUUAAACAUUUUUCACUGAAAACAGAACACACAAUUUAAUGGUGAAGAUAAUGCUAGCUAGCAUCAAACAGCCAAAGAGAGAGGACAGGAAGAGCAUUGUAUAGUUAAAAUAUUUUAAAUUCCCCCCAAAAAUAUAUACUGAUACAGAUUUACAGCUGCCUUAAAACUGACCAUGGUUGUCUGGUCAAUAACAUAUUUGAUCAGCCACUAUUUUUGUUUCGAGUGUAGUUUUCAUGAAAUUAUGUAGUCAAAUUUUGUGAGUUUUGGAAGAGCGUUUAUUUAAAAGAAAGCUGUGUGUGACGUGUUUGCUUGAUCAGUUACCACCAUUUCAAUUCCUAAACAAAUUUCUUGGAACAAAACAUUGUCCCUGCAACAGAAAAUGGAAGUUCUCUUUUCAUUACUGUACAUCUGCAUUUUGAAAGGGAAAUCUCAUGGACAUACCUCUGUUAUUUCAAGGACUGCUGCUGCUAGUUUUGAUAACUGGGGAUAUCUGUAAAAAAUUAGUGGCUUGGGCACAUACCUCCAGCUUUUGUUAAAGUGGACACAUUCCUCAUGUUGUGGUAACAGCCGAGGCAAAGUCUCAUUUGUUUGUUGUAUCAUUUUAGAAUUAAACUGAGGUAGUUACCAGUUUUGCCUACUCAUCUUACCUUUAAGACUGUGCCUGCAUCAUGUGUUUAAGAAAAAUACAGUAUUGAUAUAUUAAAGCUUUAUUGCAUGUUCCAUUAUGAGUAGCCUUCAAAGGUUGAGAAUUUACAUAUAUUCAUUUUCAAAUUUUCAAACAUAUUUCCCAAAUACAUUUGAUAUGGUUUUUUUUCUCUCUAAGAUGCCAUGCAGGCAUUGUGAGCACAAUUUUCACAAUGGAAUCUGUUAAACUGGAUUGUAUCAAAGAGGGCGGUUGAGGUGGUCUUCAUGUUCAUAAUAUGCAGGAAUGCAUUACACAAUAAAAAGUGGGCAUGUUACAAACACGCUAAUUUCAAUCCAAAAUGCAAAUUUUGAAUGGGCUCUCAUUUGGUUUAAAAAAUAUGUAAUGUUUUGGAAUUCUUAUGUAUUGCAAUUAGCAUUUAAGCAGGUAUGACUAUAUCUAAAUAUAACAGUUCAUCAGACUGGCUUGUAUUACAAUCAUGCAUUCAUGACUUGAUUAAAACCUUUCCAGGAAGAGUAAGAAACUUUGCAUCUCCAUGAGAAUGGUGUACAUAAGCACCCCUGAUGAUGCGGUCUUUGCCAUAUCCUCCAUUUACUGCUUUAGGGGAAUUUUGUUCACAUUAAACUAUAAAUACAGCACUGUUGAAUCAGAACAGGAAGGUAAAAUCAGUGAAGAUCUAAAAUGACUGGUGUCUUUUGAAAUCAGUGGGCCAUGGCAUUAGAACAGAAAUUCAUUUCUUUUAUUGGUUAAUAUAAGAGCUCAAUGCCAUCAUUACAUUUUAAGGCUUUAGAUACCAUGUAAACAAUAACUUGCUUCAAAAUGUUAAAUGCAACUUGGAUGUAAAAGUAAAAAUUGUGAAUUUUCUCACAGACAGGAUUAAUGCCAUUUCAGACAUUCCACAAUAUCCAUUUUGCCAAGCCAUUAGAAAUGCAUUAAAAUUUUUUUGACCAACCUUC